GAUGAUGCGACUCAAGGGCGGCAAGCGAAGGUGCUGGCAAGUGAGCAUCGUUGGUGUAGCAGACCUGAGUUCUUGCCACUUGAAACCUCAUACCCCCAUUGUGAUGAACUAGGAAUAUUACGAGACAAAGGGAGGCUGGACAGAGCAGAACUACCUUAUGAUGCAGCACAUGGAUCACCCCAUGAUCUUCCCAAAGAAGAAAACCUCACCCAAUUGUUUUAUGCCCGUGUCAACAACCGUUGCCAACAUGUGGGAGUUUAAAAAUGUGCUACCUUAGGUACGAAAUCGAUACUAGGUCAUAGAUGGUCGGCAGGAGGAUAGGAAUUGGGAAAAAGAAUGCGAUGUGUGAAAGGGAAUACUUGCUGGUUACGCGCUCUGCAACUAGAGCUGUGCAUAUAGACUUGACAUUUUCAUUAAGCACCACAUAUUUCAUGAAUUUCUUUAGCUAGUAGCUACCAGUGGAAGACCGGGAGAAGUCACAAGCCAUAAUGGGACAAACUUUGAGAGGGGCAAGAGAGAGAUCAGAGAACUUGUUCAAGCAAUCAAUCAAGAGCGGAUCGCAUACAAUGCUGCCAGCAAGGGGAUUAGAUAG